CAACCCGCCAUUUUGAAAACCUUGUUGAUUCCGGGGGAGAGAGGCGAGAGAGUGGCUGUUCGGUGGGACGGUGUUUGUGCGUGUCGCUCUCUCUCUCUCUGUGUGUGUCUUGCCGCCCUGCCCCCUUCCCUUGCCCUCCCCCCUUGUCCUCCUCCUCCGGUAACUGUCGCCUCCAGCUGCUGUUGGUGCCGCGCCCGAGGAAGGAGCCAGAAGCCGGGGCUCGAGCUGAGCUGAGAACCAUACACCAUGUCUUCUGUUGUUUCCUCAAAAGAAGAUACAAUGUCAUCUGAAAAAGCAGAUGAGAAACAACCUGAAACUGAAAACAAAGCUGAGGAAAGUGAUGAAGAUGAAGAAGAGGAAGAAGAGGAGGAAGAAGAAAAGGAGAAGAGUCUCAUUGUUGAAGGAAAAAGGGAGAAAAAGAAGGUAGACCGACUGACCAUGCAAGUAUCCUCAUUGCAAAAGGAACCUUUUACAAUUACACCAGGAAAAGGACAAAAACUCUGUGAAAUUGAAAGGAUACAAUUCUUUCUGAGUAAAAAGAAGACAGAUGAACUUAGGAACCUGCACAAACUCCUCUACAACAGGCCAGGCACUGUUGCUUCCCUCAAGAAGAAUGUGGGUCAGUUCAGCGGGUUCCCAUUUGAAAAAGGAAGUGACCAAUACAAAAAGAAGGAAGAAAUGUUAAAAAAAUUCAGAAAUGCAAUGUUGAAAAGUAUCUGUGAAGUUCUCGACUUGGAAAGAUCAGGAGUCAAUAGUGAGCUGGUAACCAGAAUCUUAAACUUCUUAAUGCACCCAAAAUCUUCAGGCAAGCCACUGCCAAAGUCCAAAAAAACACCAAGCAAAGGUGGCAAAAAAGAACGCAGUAGCACUGGAACAACAAGAAAAGCAAAACGCACCAAGUGCCCAGAGAUCUUGUCAGAUGAAUCCAGUAGUGAAGAAGAUGAAAAGAAGGAAAAGGAUGAUUCUUCAGAAGAAAAAGAAAGUGAAGAUGAGCCUCCUAGAAAAGCAUCUAAAAGAGAAAAAUCUAAAAAGACAGCUUCCAAAACCAAGAAAGCUGUGAAGGGUGCAAAUGUCAAGAAGGCAGACAGCAGCACUACCAAAAAAAAUCAAAACAGUUCUAGAAAAGAAAGUGAGUCUGAGGAUAGUUCAGAUGAUGAACCUCUAAUUAAAAAGCUGAAGAAACCACCCACAGAUGAAGAACUUAAGGAAACCGUCAAGAAAUUGUUGGCCAAUGCGAACUUGGAGGAGGUCACAAUGAAACAAAUUUGCAAGGAGGUCUAUGAAAACUAUCCUAGUUAUGAUUUAUCUGACAGGAAAGACUUCAUUAAAAAAACAGUCAAAGAGUUGAUUUCAUGAUCUGAUUUGACUGUGGGAAAUGAAGAUUCCUGGUUUUAUGUUCCCAUGGAUUUGAAGAUCUGAUAGGCACCAGCAAAAGAAAUGUGUCUUACCCUUGUGGUAUUUAGUCAGAGAUGAUUCUGCUGAUCUAAUGUUGAGUGUUGUUGUAAAUUGCUUUGUGUAUCUUUUUUUUUAAAAAAACAAAACAAAACUGCAUUUGAUGCAGUUUUUAGCUGAACAUACUUAAGUUUCAUGCAUGGCAAUAAAUGUUCCAUUUUUUUAUAGUUUUUGUACAUUUUGAAUUGCUUUGUAUAACUAGAUUCAUUGGAACCACCAUAGCUUUUUACUAUGUGGAUUACUAGCUCGCAGGAGAUCUUAAAAUCAAGUAAGAUGAAAGCUGCUUAUCUGCACAUAUACAUGCAGAGACUGGAAUAUUGCAGUAUUGGUUAUAAAGAUAUUUUGAAUACAUAUCCAUUCUGAAAAUAACAAAAGUUAGUCACAUGUUAAUGUCUUAUAUUCUGAUACAUUCUACAGAUGCAGAAUUAUUCUAAAUCUAGAUUACUGUCUUGCAUGUGUAGGCACUGAGAGAACUGGCAAAGCAUGGUAACGAAUUGGCAUAUAGAUGUUAUUUUUGUACUUUUAAAAGGCUUUCUGUUGUGUAUAUAAAGUUAUUUCAGAUUUUUUUUUGUGCAAAUCAGUUUUUUAAUCUUGUUAUCUUAGGAUUUAUGACAUGAAAUGUCAGUGUUCAGCAGUGAGGCUGUGAUGAAAUUGGUAUGCAGAAGCUUCAUGAAAUUACAAAUGAGUUGAGGUUUUUACAAUGUUUGUCCCAUCUUUCCUUGUACAGAAACUAAACUGUAGUUUUAUACUUCAGCUUUUCAGCGUUUAACUUUGUACAAGAGACUAUAGGCACAUUCGUUUCAAUGGCUUGGCAUAGUAAAUAAAAUCCCUCCAAGGCUAGAGAAAUUUCUAAAGUUCACUUUGCAAACAAUCUUGAUGGCCUAGCAUCUCAGAAGUGGGUAUCCAAGAUGUACAGCUGGGAGGCUCGAUAGCUUUGGAAGCCCGCAGUGGGGCUUUCGAAUUGGGCAGCGCUGAUGUGUGCGGUUCAUCUCUCUUCUGUAUGGGAAAAGCUCUUCUGAACCUGACCCUUGGUGCCUCAAUGUGGACAAUGGUACUUUUAAGCCUGCAGUCUUGAACUUUGUCCCAUAGCUUUUCGGAUCAAAGUGAACUCUUUGCAUACAUUUUUGUUGUUUAGGUUUCUGUUCUCCAUACGCCUUGUUGCUACUAUGAGAAGUCCUACUCAUAAAAUCAUGAAGCUAAUAGUUGCCAAAGUGUGGGCUGCCAUUAAUGCUGUGAGCACAGAAUCCCUCUGACUAGUAUUGCUGGAAAGACAAAGUGUAUUUUUUUGAAUUUUAUUAUUGUACAGUUGAGAAAUAAGAGUUCAUAAAUGAUCUAAAUUCUGAAAAUGUUCAGCCAGUUAGACUAUUAAUCUUCACACACUUUUUGAAUUUCUUUUGUGUGUAAUCAUUUAUAAUAAGGCUGAAUGUAAUGGGGUUUUUUGUAUUCAAUAAAUGUCUUUCACAAAAAUGUAAAUCAAUUUUGAUGAUUUAACAUUUGCUUAAAUGUAUAGUAAAGAAAAAAAACUAUACAGAAACAGGUUGUUGUCUUUAUCUCAUCUGGUAGAAAGUAUUCAAGCCUGAUUCAGCAGGCUACUUUAAAGAUACUGUUGUGGAAAUGUGUGUCCUUGCACCAGGAUAUGAUUUUAUAUCUUCUGUGAAGUGGAUUUAGUUUUGUUUUCCUUUUUUUUCCUCUGAACUAUUUUAGCAUAAAGAACACUUUUUAAUUUGCAAUUAAAAACAUCAGAAGUUUCUAAGUCCUGUUCUAAAGCGGUAAGUUACUUGUGUCAAGUUUUGUUGGGUUUUCAGAUGGAUUUUCUACAAAUACUUGAACUGCCUUGUGAUUUUUAUGUAAAUACACAAGUUAAUUAUGUGGGUCAGGAAGUGUUUUUAAGAUGAGUGAUUCCCAAGUAUAAACACUUCUUAGAGUAUAAAUUAUAACGAAAACUUACAAAAGAUAGUGUACUUCUGUUUAUUGUAUAUAUGCAUUACUUGCCACUUUGGAAUUGUGCAGAUGGAAUGGAAAUGAACUUUGAAUCCCUCAAAUACUUUGUUUAAAUCUUUUAACUACAAAUAAGUGUAGUUCUCAACAGAAAAGAAAUGUCUGAGCUGUUUCCUUGCUAAUCCAUACCAGUCUGGCUGCAACUGAUAACAAGAUUCCAGCUCUUUCUACAACUGAGGGAAACGCUGCAAGACAAUACUAAAAGCAUGCAAAUCCCACACAAUUCUACCAAAAUCAGCCUGGAUAACCAUUGUAUGAAGGCUUAAUCAACUACAGCUGUGUCUUACUCUUGAGGGACUUGUGACAAGAAAGCAGAAGCAUCCUGGCUGCCUCUUACAUGACAUCUGGUAUCAACAGAUAAACUAUUCCAUUCAGGUAGCACAUGAGAGACUAAAGCUCAAGCAAUCAAGACAAUGGUUAGCCAAGUAUGGCAAGUUUCAUGGAUGUUCUGAUGCACAUCUGGAAGCUAUCUUGUCAUUGAAAAUCCUGAUGCAUUGUGGACAGAUGACUGAAAUUCACAACUGCUACAAACCACUGAGACAGACAUGAAAAUCGCUCCUCUAGACUAGAAUGGCACCAAAGACCUGUUUGCUACCUCGACAUUCUCAUGAGAUCAAAAUAGCAGGUAUGUGGACUUACAUUGCACUUCAUUCUGGUAACUGUAAAGCCAUUACCAAAAGCAUGUUUUCUAGGAAAAGUUGGGCUUUCAGAUGCUGAAGUUUCUUCCCAAGAUCCUUAAUUCUAAUAUCUGAACCAUCAGUAAAACCUGAGAGAUCACCCAUGAACAUUAACUCAAGCAUUCUUUGGGAUCUAACUGCUCUAAGUAAUUUAACUAAGGCAUUACUGUUUAUAGAGUGGAAAACAAAUAAUAUUACUAAGUGAUAGUCUUCUGCUUGCCCCGAAUUUCUCUGCUUUUCCUAUUUGUUUUUAUCUGGGUGAUGAGGUGGGGGAAGACAAAAAGGUAGAAAUUUGUAUCUAAGACUUUUUUUAUUUUAUUUUAUUUUUUUACAGUCAGAACGUAGGGCCCUUGAUAGACCAUUUUGCCUGUACCUCCAUCCCAAGACAACUCAGGAAGGGUUCUGUCUUAUUAGAAGAGCAAGGUAUUGAUUUGGUUUGGAGGUGGGGUGGUGGUGUCAUUUUGGUUGCUUUUUACAUAGAAGCAGGGGGAAUCACAAUCAAAUUCAUCUAGCUUAAAGCUUUUAUGAUGUAUUGGAAGUGGUGAUGACCAAAAAAAAAUAGUUUGGAAAAAGUGACAGCUAAGAAAGAAGUGUAUUUGUGUUACCUACCUAAAGUAUUGAUUUUAAUUAAUUUUCCUUUCUAAAAGUACUUUAAAGGAUUCUAGUUCAUUUCUGUUAUGCAUUAUCAUUUUCCUUCAGACUGAUCUAAGAUAAUUCGAUUCCCAUUCUUCACACAAAAGACCAAACGUUUCCUCAAAGGAAGCAUAUUCCCUCAAACUGACACAAAAAGAAAUAGUUUAAAACGUCAAAGGUUUUCCUAUAUGUUAUAAAAUAAAACAACCAAAAGCUUUACUGCU